GAUUCUUAUCUUUUUGCCCAACAGAAUUAAAAAUGGUAGCGACUUUAGCUCUUUCACCAAACGACAUAACCACUAAAUUAGUUUAUAAUUAUUUAGACUCAAUUAAUGUAUCACUUCAAGAGUCUAGCGCUGAGAAUUCAACCUUAACUCUCGAAGACGGUAAAAUACUUACAGGAACUACUUCCGUAGUUAAUGGUUUGACCGAAACUUUUAUUACUGGUUUAGCAGCAAAAAAUGAAACUAACGCGGCUGAGGUUCAAAAGUGGUUGAAAUUAACUGAAGAAGCCGAUAAAAAUCCAUCUAAAGUGGCAAAGGAAUUAAAUGAACAUCUAACCACUCGCACUUAUAUUGUUGAAAAUUAUUUAACUGUGGCAGAUUUAGUUGCAUUUGCUAGAAUUUAUAAUUCUGUAGAAAAAUUAUCUUCAAAUGAACGAUUUGAAUUACCAAAUUUAACGCGUUGGUUUGAUUUUAUUCAAAACACUGCAGCUUCCAAAUCAGGCCCUAAAAGUGGUUUGAAUACUGUGAAGAUUGAUUUGGAAGCACCAAAAGUUGAAAAGAAAGUUGAACCUAAAAAAUCCAAGGUAGAUAAGACAACAAAGGAUCAAUCAAAAGGGAAUGAAGUAACUGAAGGUAAAAAGGCAGACAAGAAAGCUGCUAAAAAAGCUGAUAAGAAAGAGAAGGAGACAUCAACAGCAACAUCAUCAAUUAUUUCACCUUCUCUACUGGAUCUUCGCGUUGGACAUAUUGUCAAAGUUGAUAAGCAUCCUGAUGCAGAUUCAUUAUAUGUUGAACAAAUCGAUGUUGGUGAAGCUGAACCGAGGACUGUGGUUAGUGGUCUAGUUAAUCAUAUUCCGUUGGAUCAAAUGCAGAAUCGAGACGUUGUAUUAGUUUGUAAUUUGAAACCAGCGUCAAUGCGUGGAAUUAAGUCAUAUGCUAUGGUCCUUGCAGCAACGUCAGCCGAAGGUAAAGUAGAACUUGUUGAUCCUCCGCCAGGAUCUAAACCAGGUGACAGAGCAUAUUUUGAGGGAUAUGAAGAAGGGACUCCUGAACCCGUAUUAAAUCCAAAGAAGAAGAUAUGGGAAACUUUACAACCUGGAUUAAUAACUACUAAUAAGAAAGAAGCAUCAUGGGUUAAUAAUGAGGAUAAAAGUGUACACUUACUUAGAACUGAAAAGGGUAUAUGUACUGUACCAACUGUUAUUAAUGCUACUAUUAAAUAGACUAUUGAUUAUUUAAUUUAGUAUUAUUUAAAAAAGCAGUAAAAAAAUUAAUGUUAGAAUGUUACACACUAAAUAUGAAUAUGUUUGUUUAAUUGUUAUUACAUGCUUUUAAACUAAUAAAUAUAUAUCCUAAUAGUGUAAUGGCGUUAUAUAGAAG